CCAUGACAAUCCCCCCCUUGCGCACCACUGCCUCUUCCUCUGCUUACCCUCCCCGGCUGUUUCUUUCUUUGGCUCGGCCCGUUCGCUCUGGCUUACCACAAACAGAUGACAGGGUUCAAAAUCCUUGCGCCUUCAGUCUGCUCCUCUUCUCUUUCAGGUAAUUGCUUCGCUCAGUUUGUGGACCGGCCAUUCGCCGCCACAUCGCUUAGAACGUGGACACAUCGCAUUAGCGCUGAGGUGAGAGCGAGGCGUGGUCCUCAGCGUGGCUUGUUGUGACAGCGGAGACACCUGUUCCUUCGUGCGGAGAAGAUAGUGUUGGAUUGCUGCUGAAGGAUGCUUAUGUACGGCAUGCUAGAACUUGACGUUGGUGGGUGGUGAGAGGCCUCCCAAGUCCAGUAUUCUGUACAUUUCGCUGGCGAUUUAUAUAGAGACGACAAAGAAAGUAUCCGGACAGGUUCAUUAGUUCGAAUUUCAGGAUGUUCGGGACAUUAGUAUCGACUCAAUCGGAAUCGGAGCCAUUUAUCUCCCAUGUGAUUAGACCACCGUUUGAGAGCGAUCGCGAGUUGAAGCACUUGGCAUGUUUGGCGUGUCGCACAAAGAAGCUGAAAUGCACCGGAGAGCGAACGGGAUGUCAGCGGUGUCUCGAUCGAGGACUUCCUUGCGAGUACCAAGAAGCUAAUUUUCAUCGAGGUCGACGGCCUCGUGGGGCCAGCUUGAACAACAACAAGAAUAACGAAGAAGUCGAAGAUUCAACAGAUCAAUCCUCCGCUUCUGCUGCACCGAAGAAUUCGGACGGUUCGAGAAGAGCAAGUCAGUCAUCGGAAGCAGCAAAAGCCCACAUUAGGUACAGAGAAGACAAAGAGCAAGAUGGAAGAAGGAGUGAGGGGCCCGGUAGUUUGAAUGGAGGCACACCUCAUGCCACAUCGGACCUGGGCGAAGACGGAUUGGACCCCGAGCUCUUGACCAGCAUGCACGGGCCAGCAACAGAGUUAGGGGCCGAAGUGCAGCUUUCAGACAUUCCCAUGACACCCGAUGAUGAUUUAUCCAGCCUGCUACCUGACUUCGGCCAUACAGACUUUGCCAGCAACGACGUCAACCAGGACUUACUCUUCCUCUCACAGCUGGCCGCCUCCAGUACGCCGGAGCUCGUGAACCCGUCGUAUCCUCCCAACCCUAGUCCCGCCAUGCCACGUCUCUCUUCUUCAAUGUCCCGUCCAGGGAUCCCGGGGAUGUCCCAAUUAGCCAGUAGCCCGAGCAUCGCAAAUCUGCACAUGCCCUCGUGCACAUGUCUCCAGUCUACCCUGACCCUCUACGAAAGUAUCCGCGCCGUGCAGUGGCGUGCCCAAUGCGGUGCCAGCGCGGGUGUUUCGCGUGAAAUGGCUCACCUGAUCCUUAAAGCCUGCAAGUUGGCCCUGAACCAGUGUCAUCGGCUCAUUGGCUGCUCCUCGUGCAAGCGUGAGCCACUGUUCGUGAUGUUGCUCUGUUCUGUCUGCGACCAGUGUCUGACCUGUUUUGAGAUCUUUCACGAUUCGCACCAGAGGCGAUUGCGAAGUAGGAGUAUGACCUCCUCGUCGAACGGAAGCAGUUUCAUCAAUGCAUCUGAUGCGCGCUCGGAAAUGGAUCAGCUUGGGGAGAUUGUGCAAUUGGCCAAUUUGCCGUUUGGUGAUGUGCCGGUAUUGUUGGAUGACGAGGAUGAUAUCAACAUGACUUGUGGCUUGUUGGCCACGCGGGUAGCCUCAAUGGUGCACCUGCUGCGGUUAUUGGGGCCGAUAAUUGAUGCUUGUGGGUGGAGGACCCAUCAUGACACUUUCUCGGGGUUGCAGAAGCGGUGUCAGGGACUGGCGUAUACAUUGCAGACCAAAUCUAAAGCCCGGUAGUGAGCGUAAUGCUAAUGUGUCAUGAUCGGUGACUGUAGUAUUAGAUAGUAUAUAUUGUUUCUUUACAAGAUAACAUAAGAGCAUUAGUCAAAU